AUGUUUCACCACUGCUUAUUCUUAUCGUUAUGUCUUUCGACAUUUCUCUUUCAAAUCUCAAACAUUCAUUGUACAAGUAAUCGUCUCAUCCAAGAAACGGAUGAUCGUCAACGUACACAAAUGACACUUUUGUACUUAAUUAAAAAUCUUCUUGACGAGUCCAAUCCAUCUGAACAAACGAAAGUACUCAAUGAACUGCGUGAACAUCUCAACCGAAUGUGCACCGCUGGACAUCUAGGAACAACACACGCGCAUGCCUGUCAACGCAUUCUUGACAUCGUUCAAAGCUACGAACAAUUACCAACUGAUGAUUCCAAUACCGAACAACACGAUUUACAAAAACGAUUCUUUUGCAAUGGUUUUAUCGGAUGUCGGAAUGCUGGUCGAUGA